UAGCGUUAGGUGUUAGCAAAGAUGCUCUUUUUAAACCGUUUCUAGCGUUAGCCUUAGUGCUAGUUAGCUACCCAGCUAGCGGACCAAACACACUUUAUGUAUUCUUUCUUGCCUUUUUUGUGUUAAUUCGAAAAGAUGCUGCAACAUAUAAUAUCGUUUUUAAACAAAGUCUUGUUUAUUAUCGUGGCUGACUUGGCAUUGACACAAACUUAUCGUUAGCUUAACGUUAGCUAGUUUUGUUGUGUAUGCUGAAUAAGUAGGUAGCAAUGGACCACCGCAGAUCCCUCAAUCCCGACUCCAGCUACCAAAACCGCAAGUCAGCAUACAAAAGAGAGAGAGAUGACAAUGGAAGAAAUCACUGUGAGGAUAAACACUUCAGAUCAAACCACCACCACCAGUAUCAGUCUGGGCCAACUCCUGGGCAAAACCCACUCAGCUCUCAGGGUUUGAGCACCAGAAGGGAGCUAUAUGAAAGAGACUUUCCUGUGUACAAACAACCUGUCGAAGUAGGAUGUUUUUCCCUCGACGCUGAGCGUAGAUUCUUCAAUGACAGCAGGCAAAUGAGAUACUAUGCGGAACCUGAAAAAAAUCCUAAUUUUGACCUGAGGGAUGGAUACAAGGACCGCUUUAUAAAGAGAGACGAGAGCGUGAAGGAGAAGCUGGACCACAUCCUACGCUGGAUCUUGGCGAAUAGAUCAAAGCUCAGCUCAAGGGUGACCACAGCCUCAUCAUGUGCUUUAGAUGUCGACUUUGUGACAUGGCGUGGUCAUCUCACCAGGCUGCUGACCACUCCCUAUGAGACACGGGAGGGCUGGUUGCUGGCGGUCACCAGGUUCAGGGGCACGCUUUACAUCAGUGAGGUGGAAACAGAAGCUGCUCGCAGGGACAGGGAGAACCGCACCGAGAGGCAUGAAGAGAUGAUGUACUGGGGAUACAAGUUCGAGCAAUACACAUGUGCAGAUAACGUCCACAGUUUACCUGACCCAAGCGGAGUGGUUAACACUAAUGAGGCCUUCUGCACUGUGGUGCAAACUCGUCUCGCGGAUCACAGACUCCUGUUCUCUGGUGAGGUGGACUGCCGGGAUAAAGAUCCCAACGCUCCAGCUCCUCCUGCAUGUUACGUCGAGCUGAAGACCUCUGCAGAGAUCUACGCCCCCAAACAGCGCAGCAACUUCCACAGGUUCAAACUGCUCAAGUGGUGGGCCCAGUCUUUUCUCCCUGGAGUCCCCCGUGUUGUGGCAGGUUUUCGGGAUCAUGAAGGAGUGGUUGUCGCUGUGGAGACUUUUCCCAUCUCUAAGAUUUCACAUCUCAUCAAGAAUGAACACAACUGCUGGAAGCCAACAGUCUGUAUGAACUUUUGUUGUGAUUUCCUGUCUUUUGUGAAGAGUAUAGCUACUGAAGACAAUCCAAGAGUGGUGUACUUGUUCACCCGUGAGCCCCACAGAGAUGUGACCUACUCCGUCCACAAGGACUCCCAGUAUUCCUUCCUGCCACACUGGUAUGUGGAGGAGAUGACCAGUAGUCAAGACUCACACCAGCAGUCCUGAUUUACAACCCAGACAUGAUCAACUGGGACUGUUAAUUCAGACCUCCAAUGGAGGAGUGUUUACCAAAAUACAUUGUAAUUUGAUGUGUAUAGUCGUACUUCAUCCUCUGAGAGUGGCUGUGUGAAUUUAUUUUGAUCACUGAUUGCUACUACAUGAUCCUCUGGCGGGUUUUUUUCUUUUAUUUGUUCAGCAGUAAGAACUGAACCAUGUUGUUUUCAUCUUCCAUGUGGUGAUUUUAAAUAAAAUAGUAAUUACUGAUGUCAGUAUUGUUUCUCAAACUUUAUUAUUCCAUGGUUAAAACAAUUUAAAGCCCAAAACAGUGGUAUAUUAAUUGAAACAAAAAUAUGUAAAAAAAAUUGUGAUGUAAAUAAAUGAAGAUGACUUCAAGUAUUGCAUCAGCAGUUACAAAAUAUUUUCAUGUAAACUGUUAAGAAAAAACAUUUCAGCAAUGUCAAGUCCUGUCAUUGUGAGGAAG